UCUUCUUCCUCCUCCCUCCUUUAGGUUAGCUAGCUCCACCAUGAAACAUGGUCCUCACAAGAACCGGAGGCAUGGUUCUUCCUCCCUCUCCUUUGAGCCAUGAACAAUACACAAGUUCCAGCCUCAGCAAACACACAGCCAUGGUGCUCCUCCUCCCAAGAUUCAUAGCAUACUUUGAUCCUGAGCCAGCACCCAGAGGUCUUCUCCUCCCAUGAACCAGAGCAUAGCACCAAACACACAAGAUUUAGUCUUCUCAAAAGUGUUUCCAAACCAACAGGGUAGAACUCCUCCAUAGGAUUUGUCUGCAAAGACUUUCAUCAACCAGGCAGGCAGGCAACACAGCUAUGGGAGCUGUCGAUCCAGAGGCGUUUCAGCAUCUUCCAAAGUGUACAAACCAGAUCGGUGACUGAUUUGUAUUCUUUGGAAGAGGUUGUAAACACACCCCAAGAUUGCAUCAAGGAGGCAAGGGGCUUCGUCCUUGGAGAAAUUCAAGCAGGAUACGCUGUCAGACACUUCUGAACCUGAGUUCUCCUCCCAUGUGGCAGAGCAUAGCACCAAGCUCACAAGAUCUGCAAUCGUUGCAUCAUCUUCCAAAGCGUGUAGACCAGCCACCGAAGACCGGGGACUGGCUUGCAUCCUUUGGGAGAAGCUGUGAACGCGCCCCCAGAUGGCAUCAGGGUAAGAGGCUUGGUGCUUUGUCAGCACUCACCAAGGUCCUGCCGAGGGCAAUUCUGCAAUUCAGAUGUUUCCCUGGGUCGUUCCACAAAUCCAUCGAGCGGAUAACGAACACAUUGGGCCUCCACCUCCGCCCAACGCCGGCCCCGUCGCUCGCUCUGCGGCCCACCCGGAGAUGAGCCAAUGCGCAAAGAGAGGCCCAGCUGCUGCGUCGGGACGGGAGAGCUAGGGUUGCGCCCCCUAUAUAAGCGGGCAGAGCGCCCGCCUCCCGUCCUUUCCUCGCCUCCCUCUUCUACCGCCGCCGCCUCCCUCUUGCUACCGCCGCCGCCGGACCGUCCCUCAGCAGCCUCCCCGAGCUCCUGCUACCCCACGCACCCCCAGGGAAGGAUGACAGGACGCAAGGUCAAGGGUGCCCGUGGCUCGCAGAUGCCUGAUGCAGAUCCGAAGCGCAGCCGCGCUGCUCUGGUGUCCUGGUCUUUUGAUGGAAAGGACCUUCUGUCUCCUGAAGUGCCGUCUUACAUCCUUCCUCAGAAGAAGGCUCACAGUGGAAAGAAGGGGAAUCUCAAUGGACGCCGCUCACAGAUGAAAGCAAAAAUGGCGAUGAGGUCCGGAACCACGGGCCACGGCUGCGUGCCGGGAACGCAUGCAUCCAUUGUGUAUGUGCUGUCCGAGGAGGAGAAUCAGUUACUGUAUGGCAUGCGACUUCUUGCUCUUGGGGAGGGACCGGUGCUGGGUGCUCAGGAGUUGAUCCACAACUAGGUGUCCUUCGACCAGUCAGUUCUCAGGAUAGGUGAAUGUUGGAGCCUUUCCUUCUUUUAGUCUAAUGCUUUCAUAGCAUCCUCUUGUAGUAGAUUGAGAACAAUGUUUUGUCCUAUCUUUGCCGUGUUGCUAUGGAGUAUGCUGUUUGGAGACAAUUGCUACUGCACAAUUAUGCUUUGUGGAUCUUUUUAAGAUAUGAGUUCACUCCAGUAUUGUCC